AUGGCAUCGAAUAUGCAACAUAUAGAUAUUUAUUCAACCAGAUCGAAUGAAAUACGCCAGCUCACAGAUAACACAGGAGGUCCUGCUCAGAACCUUCCUGUCGAAGUUUUAAUGGAAAUAUUCGAAGCUAGCAUCCUUCCUGCUCGACAAACCAGGCUUCACUUGUCUCGCCAUCGCAAGGCAGAGCCGGACGCUUGGAGGUCUCUUCCUUAUGUAUGUUCCCAAUGGUACGGACCAGCGAUCAAUGUGCUCUACACCUCAGUAGUACUACGAACGUACAAGGAAAUAUUGGGUCUACUUCAAACCCUUGAAGCAUACCCACAUAUACGACGUUUGAUCAAAUGUCUUCAUCUCCCCAUGCGGAGCCAAGCUGUCUAUCCUCUCGAGGUUCACAAGCGAUGUUGUCAAAUAAUUCAUUUAGUGGAUAACUUGCAGCAGCUAAGUACUACUGGGAUCUGUACACAGAGAUACAAGAAGUACAGCGCGUGGACGGGCUCUCGACUGACGUUGCCCAUUGCUCCAAAUCGACACAAGGCGCUUGACUUUCUCGAAUUACGAGGAGAACAUUCUCUCAGAUCUGUGGAACUUCCACCACAGAUUUUCUCUUUCCAAAGCCUCAAGCAUCUUACCCUGGCGGACGUGAUACUUGGUGUCCAAGUAAACCCAGUAACCACUCCCGUAUUACCUUCUCUAGCGGGUAUCACUCUCAUGGGCUCCGCUUCACUCAACUUGCUCGACGACUGGCUUUGCAAACAACCGAAGCUGCACACUCUAUGCCUCUACGAGACAUAUGCACCUGAAACUGUACCACGGCUGUUGUCAACCGGGAAGAUAAAGAACAUGGAGAUGAUGCACUGUGUAGGCCGCCUCUGGGAUCGGUUCAUAGAGACAUGGUUUGGCUCUUGUUCCUCGGUUCACAACCUCCGCAUUUCCGACGACAUACUUGUCUAUUAUCCCAAGAAGAUCCCCACCAAACUUCACGUACUGCGUGUGGAAGUAGCCCGACUAUGGGUAACCCCUAAAUCUUGGCACAGCUACCUCGACCGGGAGCUGCAGACCGACCGCAUUGUCAUCUCUGCACAUAUAUCCCGUAACUGGUAUCAGAAGCAGGGGAGUAAUCUCAUCCUUGCGGCAAGGAGUAGAGGGCUCCCCGUCGAAUUCGAAGCAGCGCAUUGCGAGUGUGAUCAACAAAGGCACCACCAGUACUAUAAUGUCGAUACAGAGAACGCUGACAAGACGCGAGAGUCCAUGAUUGCCGCCUGGGAUUGGGCGUCUGAAACUGACACGAAGAGAUAA